AUGAGAGCACGAUUUGGAUACGAGUGCUCAGCGAUUGGCAAGCGAGAGAAACGGUCUGUUGGGAACGGUCCCGAUACAAGUCUCGAUCAAGCACUUCAGGACUUCUGUGCUCUGGACAAGCUCAUGCCAAACGUCACCGAAUAUGUCUUCUACAUAGGAAAAAUCUAUGACGCUAUGCAGGAUUAUGAGAAGGCACGGACCUACCUGGACAAGGUGUUGGAAAUGUCGACGGAUCCCGAUUGUGAAUAUGCGAACGAAGCCAAGCAAAUUCUCAGUGGUCCGAAGUACGCCAGUCUUGGUGAAAAGGAUGAGAAUGAUUGA